CGCCCUGGCCUCGCGGGCGGGGGGGGACAGAGGGGGCGGUGACGUCACCUCGCCCUGCCCCCAUCCGGCCGUGCCCGUUCCGCGUGUGCUCCGAGUGUCCCCGGGCGUGUUCCCCCUGUCCCGGCCAGCGGCUCCUGGAGUGUCCCCGGAGUGUCCCCAAAGAGUCCCCGGAGUGUCCCCAAAGAGUCCCCGUUGUGUCUCCAGCGGCCAUGGAGCCCCGCGAGCUGCUGGAGGCACUGGUGGCCGUGGUGGCCACGCUUGGUGAGCUGGCAGCCACUGUGGCCGGGCCAUACGGGGAUGUGCUGCUGGCCGUGUCCCCAAGGUCCCUGCAGGCAGCCCUGGGGACCUUCAUUGGUCACCUCCAGGACACCCUGGACCACCAAGGUGUCACCUCCCUGGGCCAGGCCCUGGCUGCCUUUAGGGCCAACCUGGGGGCCACCUGGGCCCAUGUGACAGCCGCAGCCAGUGCCUGGCGGGAGUCGGUGGCCACGAUCGAGGACAGCUGGGCCCGGCUGGCCCGAGAGGCCACCGAGCUCUGUGACGCCUGCAGGGACACGGCGUCCAGGGAGGCCACCACCGCGGCCACCGCCAACACCCGGGCCAGGGACCUGCAGGACAUGGCCACCCGCUGGGGGACAUCUCUGCACAACCUGGUGGCCAAGGCCAGACAGCUGCCACUGGCCACGGACAAGGAGAAGGGGGCCUCGGCGGAGGCUGAGCACGAGGCCCAGGUGGCAGCCGCCGCCAAGGAGAUGGAGGCGACCACCAAGGCCAUGGAAGAGGCUGUGGUGGCCAGAAGCGAGGGGGAGGCGGCCACCAGGAGGGGACAGCGGGCAGAGGGGGCCCUGGGGCUGCUGGAGCGCUUGGUGGCCGCGUGUGACGAAGCCACCGCGUUCCCCCGGGAGCUGCAGCGCCGGCUCGGGGACAUCGAGGCCGCCCUGAAGGGGACAAAUGAGGCGUCCCCUGAUGUCCCCGAGGAUUUGGUGGCCAAGGUGGCCGAGGCCGAGCGGCUGUGGGAGGCCAGCAGCCGCCUGGCCACGCGUCACCUGCUGAGGACACUUGGGGACAUCCGCAGGCUCCCUGGUGGCCCCGGUGCCCAUGCGGUGGCCGAGAGGUGCCAAAGAGCCAUCGAGGACAUCCCGAGGCUGCUAGAAGGACAGUGA